AAUCUCAGUUUUCUCUUCUCAAUCGACGAAGGCUAAAGCUUCAUCUCACAAAUUUUUGAGCUUCAUCUCAAUCGCCAAGGCUAAAGCUUCAUCUCCCAGGAGAAAGAGAGAGAAGCAGUUUGGUUUAGUACCCGUUAUCGUCUUCGUUGAAGGAUGUGGCUGUAAAGGUGUUCUCCAAACAAGAUUAUUCAGAAGAGAUCAUUACAUCUAUUAGACAAGAGAUUGUUUUGAAACUAAUUGUUCCAAGCUCAGUUUUAGCUCAAGAUGGAUACUACUAGAGAUGAUGAAUUCACAUUCUCAAAGGUUGCGGGACCAGAUAGUGAAGUUGCUCUUGAGGCAAAAGAACUUGCAUCAAAUGUGGGAAGUAUUACCCUUGACGAUGGAUUAGAUCAACCAAGCAAUGGUCUUAUUUGGAAAGAUAAGUCUCUUCCUCCAAAGGAAGAGAAAAUAGGUUCUUUGUCUUUCACGGUGAUUGAUUCAUCUUCGAAAAAGCCGUCCAAUGAAUCAUCUGAGACUUUCAAAUCUCCCGCUAGAAAGCCUGUAACUCGUACCAAAGUUCCCUUUGAAAAGGGUUAUAGCCAAAUGGAUUGGAUGAAACUUACACGAACACAUCCUGAUCUUGCCCGACUGAAGGGAGAGUCAAACAAGAGGCUUAUUCCAAUGGAUGAAGUAAAGAAGCACAGAUCAAGAGAUUCUAUGUGGACUGUUUUGAAAGGUCGUGUGUACAACAUAUCACCUUAUAUGAACUUUCAUCCUGGAGGUGUCGAUAUGCUAAUGAAAGCGGUUGGGAGAGACGGUACGCUCUUGUUCAACAAAUACCAUGCUUGGGUCAAUUUUGAUAUCUUACUUGAGAAAUGCCUUGUUGGAGUUUUGGACGAGACCAAAAUGAAGAAACAAGAAGCCUAAUUGCUAUUUGCUAAAAGGCUGAGAUGAUCAUAUACUCGUGUAGAGGUAUUUACAAGUCAAUAAAAUUUUAAAUAGUGUUUACAUUCUGAUUCUUCAAAUGAAAACGCUGAUCACUAUAUAUGUAUGUACUAUGUAUUAGACUUUUGUUACAACUCAUUGAUGUCAAUAUAUUCAAAGCUUCCACAGAAUCA